AUGUUUUCAUGUAGUCGCUUUUAUGUUGGAGACUUGUCGUCCCAUUCGACAAAGUGUGUCACAACACUAAAGCGCCUACAAAGGCUAUUGGGUUCAGAGCUAACUGAGCACAAGGCAGAAAUUGGACAUGAGAUUGAAUGGUCUCAAACUUCUCGAUUUGCUGAUUAUGCUACGACUGAGGUUAAACGUAAAAUCUCACCAAUCUCACCAAAGACGCAGGCUGAUUCGCGUCGUACCGUAGUCGUAUGGUCUUUAUACGACGUUCAGGUUGAUGCAGUCCACGAGGCAUCCUUGAACGUUUCGGGCGAAGACGAGCUGAGCUUUUGUUUGUCAAGCGACGAGCAUCGUCAGAGCUAG